UUUCUCAGGCGAGCACGUAAACCGGUUGUUUAAUUCGAUCAGAGAAAAUUUUUGUGGAGCUCCGCCGGAGAAGAGAGUGAAAAUUUCCAAUUCUUGAGUUAACAGAAGGAAGACGAAAGAUUCAGUUUGUGUCCUCUCCAAUGAGCGAUAAGGGCGGGAGUCUUCAAGUCCAGGUGGAUCCCAACCUUCCGCGAUGGAUGUGCCAGAACUGCCGGCACUCUCUUUGCAUCGUCGGAGCUGAUUCCUUCGCCGACAAGUUCUUAAACGAGUCCUCUUUCCGCUCCGCUCAUGGUGCUAACAGCGUACUGGGCUCGUCACGCAUGGACAAUUCUUUUGUCGUAUUGCCAAAUCAAAAGCCCCAACUGCAGGGAAACCCUCCACGUCCACGAGGUGGAGGCGUUCAGCCUGGGAAGGCUAUGGAUGAAUCCUUUGUCGUCGUGUACAAGUCUGAGCCUGCCUCUGAUGGAGGCGGAGGGGGACAGUUGCCUGCUCUAGAAGGAGGAUCCAAUGGUCAGUUGCAUCCCAACAAUGCCGGGUUUCAUUCUACAAUCUCGGUCCUUAAACGGGCAUUUGAGAUUGCAACAACGCAGACACAGGUUGAGCAGCCAUUGUGUCUUGAGUGCAUGAGAGUGUUAUCUGAUAAACUUGACAAGGAGGUUGAAGAUGUGAAUAGGGACAUUGAGGCGUAUGAAGCAUGCCUCCAACGCCUUGAAGGAGAGACCGGAGAUGUUCUCAGCGAGGCUGAUUUUCUGAAGGAGAAACUAAAGAUUGAGGAGGAAGAAAGAAAACUUGAAGCUACUAUUUCAGAGAUCGAGAAACAGAAUGCUGAAGUAAAUGCUGAACUGGAGGAAUUGGAGUUAAAAUCUGGCCGCUUUAAAGAACUGGAAGAGAGGUACUGGCAGGAGUUCAAUAAUUUUCAGUUCCAAUUAAUAUCAUAUCAGGAAGAGAGAGAUGCGAUUCUAGCGAAGACCGAGGUUUCUCAAGCGCACUUGGAGUUGUUGAAGCAAACCAGUGUGCUGAGUGAUGCUUUCCCAAUCUAUCAUGAUGGAGACUUUGGAACUAUAAACAAUUUCCGACUUGGCAGACUUCCUAAAAUCCCGGUUGAAUGGGAUGAGAUAAAUGCUGCCUGGGGCCAAGCUUGUCUACUCCUCCAUACAAUGUGUCAAUACUUCAAGCCAAAAUUUCCGUAUCCUUUUUCUCCACAAGUCAACUUGCUGAUUGACGUAGGACUAAUGAUUCAGUUCUGCGAGCGAGUCCGCAGGGAGAGGGAGUCCUUAGUUGAAUUUAGAUGACAUCCUUUACUUGCUGAAAUGUUUAGAUAUCACAUAAAAAUGAUUCCUAUGGGGAGCUACCCGCGCAUUAUGGAUAGCAACAACAAUUCCUAUGACCUGUUUGGACCGGUGAACUUAUUUUGGAGCACUCGCUAUGAUAAAGCGAUGAUACUGUACCUGACAUGCCUCAAGGACUUUGCUGAUUUUGCAUAUUUGAAGGACCAAGAGAACAACAUCCCACCUGAGAGUAGGUUCAAGCUUCCAUACAAGAUUGAGAAUGACAAAGUGGAAGGCCAUUCCAUCGCCCAGAGCUUCAAUAAGCCAGAGAACUGGACAAAAGCAUGCAAGUACACGGUUUGCAAUUUGAAAUGGGCUCUCUACUGGUUCAUUGGAAACACUAAUUUCCAACCUAUGACUACACUAAUGGCCUCUCCGCGUGUAAAUGUACCGGGGGCAGGGUCUUUGUAUGCAAAGCAGCAGCAGCGUGGUGGUACAGGCUCGAAACGUGAUUCUCGCAGAACAUGAAAACCAGACUUACUAAUGAGAUACUGGUACGGGGAACCCGUGAAAGGGUUUGUAGAUAGAAAGUAUGACUGUUAGGUUACUCCAAUCCUAUUUUAGCUUUGUUAUCCCGAUUCCUCCCGUAGCAACUACUACUUACUGUUGGAGUUAUUCCAUUUACCCAGUGGAAAGCACAUAUCUCCUUUUGUGUGGUAUAUGCAUAGUCAAUUGUUCGUGCAUCCUGUUUGAUUCGAAGCAGAUAUCGUGUACAUAUGUUAUUCCUCAAUACAUUUCUUGAGGUUCGAGGCGUAUGCAGAGUAGUGUGGGUGUUUUCUCCAAUUCCAAGCACAGUGUUCUUCUAUGUUUGAGAGUGUUUAAUCGGAUCCCAGGGGUUUUGAUCUCUGAAAUCCCCUGCCCGGAGAUAAUUGCUAAAUAAGGUACUUAUUAUACACCGCUUGAGGUC